AUGAUAACGAAGGCAGUAGAAGCUAGUGGAACAGUUACUAUUACAACUGUAACCCAGCAACUAUUUCGAACAAAGAUGGAUUUUAAUGAAUGUUUCAUUCAUCCAAAGUCAUUCUCUUUAGACCCUAACAUUUAUACAGAACUUGUAGAACAUUAUACAAACGAGGCUUUAUGUUUUCCUGUUAAAGUUAUGGAUUGGAUUCCUAUGGACGGUUCAUUCUCAAAGAAUACAGAUAGUUCAAGUGCAACAUUUACAGCAGCUUAUACGCCUAUUAAUGUUAAAAGUAUUUGGGCACUAUUUAGAAAGAAAGACAACUAUUAUGUUAAUUUUGAGAACCCUAAGUUUAAAUAUCUUCAGCUUUCCAUGGGAGCUUAUGGAAAUAUGCCUGCAGAACCUGAAAAAUCAUAUGGACCUGUAUUUUAUGAAAUGGUUGCGAACGCUUGCAAUACAAACAAUGAUAUGAUAGGAUUUAAUGAAGAUGUUAUGAGGUCAUUGGUGGAUGAUGGUAGUGUGGAACAUAAAUGGGAUAGCUAUGACAACACACAUUUCUUAUGUGGUUUUCCAACUGAAGUGGACUUUUGCUUCCAGCAAGGUCAAACAUCUACUGCUCCAAUAACAUACAAAUUGUCUGUUAAAGGACCUAUUGAACUAGCAACUGAAAAUGUACCAAAGCCACUUAUUGGAUUUAUGAGGGAUUGUUGCUUUGCCAUUCAGGUGCGUGCUAAUGGCAUCCCCAUAAUAAGAUUAGAUGACUAUAACUUAGCAACUGACGACAGUGAGGAAUAA